CAAGUAUUGACCGCACGUUGGGAAGUUUCUUCGCCGCAGCCUUUCCGGUGUUCUCAUCCAGCAGCGAGAAGAGAACGUGGUCUGGAUGGUGGGAGUUCUUGAUGAUGGAUGCUUCUUUCCUGCGACUGUGAUCAAUGGAGAUGUGCUUAAUGGUGGGGAGGGGUCUUUACUGUGAUGGACUGGGCCGCAUCCUCUACUUUCUGCUGACUUUUCCAUACAAGGACAUUGGUGUUGCCAUACCAGGCUGUGAUGCAACCUGUAGUAUAUUUAAUAUUUCAGUAAUAUUCAUUAACUGCAGCAGUUCAAGAACCCAUGGCGGGGAAACUAAAAUGGGUUUCAGACAUUGACAAGUCUGUGCUUGUAAAUAACUUUCAAAAAAGAGGUUGGAUCCAGGUUUCAGAAAAUGAAAACUGGAAUUUUUAUUGGAUGAACAUACAGACUAUCCGCAACGUCUUCAGUGUUGAAAAUGGCUAUCGGCUUUCAGAUGAUCAAAUUGUAAACCACUUUCCCAAUCACUAUGAGUUGACCAGGAAGGACCUAAUGGUUAAGAAUAUAAAGCGUUAUCGCAAAGAGCUUGAUAAGGAGGGAAGUCCGCUAGCAGAAAAGGAUGAAAAUGGCAAAUACAUUCACCUAGAUUUUGUUCCAGUUACAUUUAUGCUGCCGGCAGACUACAAUAUGUUUGUGGAAGAAUUUAGGAGGAAUCCAUGCAGCACCUGGAUCAUGAAGCCAUGUGGGAAGGCUCAAGGGAAAGGAAUAUUCCUUAUCAACAAGCUCUCACAAAUCAAGAAAUGGUCUCGUGACAAUAAAAACUCCAACUUUGUGACUAACUCUUCCAAGGAAACUUAUGUCAUUUCCCUCUACAUAGACAGUCCACUAUUAAUUGCUGGGAAAAAGUUUGAUCUUCGUUUUUAUGUGUUGGUGACAUCAUUUCGCCCAUUAAAAUGUUAUUUGUAUAAGCUGGGCUUUUGCCGAUUCUGCACAGUGAAAUACACUCCAAAUGUCAAUGAACUGGACAACAUAUUUGUGCAUCUUACAAAUGUUGCCAUACAAAAACACGGGGAUGACUACAACCCCAUUCAUGGUGGGAAAUGGACUGUGGCAAAUCUGAAACUUUACUUGGAAAGCACGCAAGGAAAGAAAGUCACUGAUAAACUGUUUGAUGAAAUUCACUGGAUGAUUGUACAUUCACUCAAAGCUGUAGCUCCAGUAAUAACAAAUGACAAACACUGCUUUGAAUGUUAUGGGUAUGACAUUAUCAUCGAUAGCAAAUUAAAACCAUGGCUCAUUGAGGUAAAUGCUUCUCCAUCAUUGGCAUCCAGCACUGCUAAUGAUCGAAUCAUGAAAUAUAAUCUCAUCAAUGACACGUUGAAUGUUGUAGUACCCAAUGGAGAUAUCUCAGCUUGGAAGUUCAGCAAAGCUCCUACAAAAGCUGCCCUUGGAAAUUACGUUAUCCUCUGUGAUGAAGACUUAACAUUGAACGAUGGAGCUGAUCGUGAAAUGAAAAAUCGCCUGGGUCAGUCCGGUUCAAAAGGUGGAAGAGCAAAAGAGUUUGGACGACCUAGCACCACAACUUGGAAAUAAUGUCCAAAUAAAGAAGAAAUUAAUUGAUAGCAGCAACUGAACUGAAAUAGUACUGUCCACAUCCUUCACAAGCCAAUUGUUCUAGCAACUCAGUUAAUGAUGAAGAAAGAAUUUGUUGUUGGCAAUUUGCUUUUCAUUACUGGUUGGAAGAAGACAGGAUAAGUAUUACAAAAACACAAUUUUUAUUAAGAUAAACACCAUUUGAAUUAUUUUUUCUCUACAUUCCUCUGAUGAGAGCUUCACAUCUGGUCCAGGCCCAAGCAAUUUUUUUCUCCUGAACCACAUUUGAAUCAUUUGCUACAUUCCCAGAAUUAGCAAGAGUAACGCUAUAACUGUCAAGGAGGAGUAGAAACUGAACUGGGGGCAGUUAGUAUGAAAUAACUCCUGCUAAAGCAUUAGGCUUCCUAUAUUUGACUUGUGCAGAUAUAAUUGUAUCCUGAUGAUAAUAAAUGGGUGAUAAGCCCAUGCAACUACUUCCUUCUUUAUGAUAAGAUACGUUGUUUAAGGAGGGAAAAUUUUGUGUUUGGAGGGUGUUGCUAAUGCAACCAUUCCUUUACUAUUCCUGCCGCGUUCAUGAGAUGGGGGAAAAGGAACAGUUUAAAAUCAAAGACUUUGUAUUUGCAAAUGAUAUUUUUUCAAAAAGUAUCAACCGUUUUCUCUCAUAUCCUGUUCACAUAGUCAGGCAUUCAUACCGCAUGGCAUAACGGAAAAGACAUUACUAUUGUAAAGCUGAACUGCUGUAAUAAAGUAGAGCCUGUGUGGAAACUAACAGAGUCAUAUGGCCAGCACUCAAAAAAUAGAAAUGAUAAUCACAUCAUUAUUAAUGUUACCACGUCCUUUAAGAUGUGCGUUCAUGGUCCCAUGACCAUGAUUGUUCUUGGCAAAUUUUUCGACAGAAGUGGUUUGCCAUUGUCUUCUUUUGGGCAGUGUCUUUAUAAGAUGGGUGACUCCAGACAUUAUCAAAACUCUUCAGAGACUGUCUGGUGUCAGUGGUCGCAUAACCAGGACAUGUAAUAUGCACCAGCUGCUUCCAUGGCUUCACAUGACCCUGAUUGGGGGGAUUAGCUACACCUAGCCCAAGGGUAACCAACAAGCUAACAGAGGGAAAGAGCACCUUACACCUCCUUUGUGAGGGAUGUAUCUCGAUCCCAUAAUGUCCUUAAGAACAGAAUAUCUGUACAUACUGUACAUAUAGUUCUGUGACAUUGUUUUCCAGAAUGAAUUCGUUCAUAUAUUUCCCACUUAAUUCCAGAUUUAUACUAAGAAAUGAUUUCAAAUUACCUGACCUCAACAUUGUUAGUAAUAAGUUUUUUAUUGUGAUUAGUGAGAACGGCAUAAAAUCCAAUUAUGGUAAUAAAUCUGUGUUGAAUUAUGAGUAGCAAAAAUAUUUUUAUGCAAAAUCAUUGCUUGGCUUACCACAGAAGUCUUGGCUUUAAUCAACCUCAUUGUUGAAUCAUUGGAUUUAUAUAUGUCACUGUUGCUGAUCACAAACAUCAUUUGAAGUUGUUCCAUUAUGCUAACAUUUUAUUUUAAAUGUCAAUACAAUGGAAUUGCUGGGAACAAUGGUAACAAAUUAAAAUAACAUAAACUAUUUUUAAAUAGCUAGGGAGGAAACAUGGCUUGACUUCAUCCUUGAGGAAAUCUGCAGAUGCUGGAAAUUCA